ACAAGUCCUUUGCCGCGGCUCACGUAGCCCAAACCCGAGUUAGUACCACAAAAGUGAACAGCAACGCGCGCCGAUUGCGUCCGAGUGGCAACUCCGCAGAACAUUGCCGAGCUGCGAAAGUGUGCAAAAGCAAAACGAAGAGAACGCAGCGCAGCCGAAAAAAAAUUGAAGCAGCACUGCACGCGAUAUAUUUUGUAUUUUCAAAGGUUAAAGCCGCAUUCAAAGGCAUCCGCCGAGCGCAAACGAAGCGCAAAAGUGCCGGCCAGCCGCAACAUUUAAGCAGCCGCAAAGCAAAAGACUGAUUUGAUUACAAGGAAUAGGAGCAGGAACGCGAGGAUUCCGCCACUGCACACCGAAUUGAGCCCCUAGAUAACGCGGCAAACUGCAGUCGACGGGGAAAAGUAGGGAGUUGAAGGCUGGGCAGCAGCAGCAGGAGGGACGGACGGCGAAGAACCACCAGAACCAGCACCAGCACCCGCACCAGGAACCCAGAGGCCACAGCCACAGCCACAGCAAGGCGGAGAAACCAGGAGGCACUGCGUCCGGCAACAUGGAAGACCUUCUCGUGGAAGUUCGGCUCGACAACGGCGCCUAUUACAAGGGCCAGGUGACAUCUGUCGGCGACGAUGGCAUCUUUGUGGAUGUGGACGGCGUGCCCGAGGUGAUGAAAUAUCCAUUUGUGAACGUCCGCCUGCCGCCCGAGGAAACCCAGGAGGUGGCCGCCCCGAUCUUCGAGGAGGGCAUGGAGGUGGAGGUCUUCACGCGCACGAACGAGCGCGAAACCUGCGGCUGGUGGGUGGCCAUCAUCAAAAUGCUCAAAGCGGACAUCUGUGCGGUCGCGUACAUCGGCUUCGAGACGCCCUACACCGAAAUCUGCGAACUGGGCCGCCUGCGCGCCAAGAACUCGAAUCCGCCAAUUACAGCCAAGAGCUUCUUCCAGUUCACGCUGCCCGUUCCCGAGGAGUUGCGCGAAGAAGCCCAAAAGGAUGGCAUACACAAGGAGUUCCAGCGCACAAUCGAUGCCGGCGUCUGCAACUACAAUCGCGAUCUGGACGCCCUGAUCGUCAUCUCCAAGUGGGAGCACACUCAGAAGCGCGCCAGUAUGCUCAAGGAUAUGCAUUUUCGUAAUCUCUCACAGAAGGUUAUGCUGUUGAAAAGGACUGAAGAAGCUGCCCGUCAGCUCGAAACGACUAAACUGAUGAGCCGUGGAAACUACGUCGAGGAGUUCCGUGUGCGUGACGAUCUCAUGGGCCUGGCCAUCGGCUCGCAUGGCUCGAAUAUUCAGGCGGCACGCACGCUGGUCGGCGUCACCAACAUCGAGCUGGAGGAGAAGUCCUGCACAUUCAAGAUCAGCGGCGAGACCGAGGAGUCCGUGCAGCGUGCCCGCGCCAUGCUCGAGUACGCCGAGGAGUUCUUCCAGGUGCCCCGGGAGCUGGUGGGCAAGGUGAUCGGCAAGAACGGCCGCAUCAUCCAGGAGAUUGUGGACAAGAGUGGCGUGUUUCGAAUCAAGGUGAGUGCUAUCGCUGGCGACGACGAGCAGGACCAGAACAUCCCACGCGAGCUGGCGCAUGUACCCUUUGUGUUCAUUGGCACCGUGGAGAGCAUUGCGAAUGCCAAAGUGCUGUUGGAGUAUCAUCUGUCGCACCUGAAGGAAGUGGAACAGCUGCGCCAGGAGAAGCUGGAGAUCGAUCAGCAGCUUCGCGCCAUCCAGGAAUCCUCCAUGGGCUCCACACAGAGCUUCCCAGUGACGCGGCGCUCGGAGCGCGGCUACAGCAGCGACAUCGAGUCCGUGCGCUCCAUGCGUGGCGGCGGCGGCGGCCAGCGUGGCCGUGGGCGCGGACGUGGCGGCGGUGGUCCUGGCGGCGGCAACGGGCUAAACCAGCGCUACCACAACAAUCGCCGCGACGAGGACGACUACAACUCGCGGGGCGACCAUCAGCGCGACCAGCAGCGUGGCUACAACGAUCGCGGCAACGGCGACAACACCGGCAACUAUCGCGGCGGUGGAGGAGCUGGUGGCCCCGGCAACAACAGGCGCGGCGGAGUUAACCGCCGGCCGCCACGCAACGAGCAGCAGAACCAGAACGGCAGGGACUAUCAGCUGCACAACCACACCGCCGAGGAGGUGCGGGAGACCCGCGAAGUGAGCAGCGUGGAGAGAGCGGACAGUAACUCAUCCUACGAGGGCAGCUCGCGGAGGCGCAGAAGGCAGAAGAACAACAACGGACCCAGUAACACAAAUGGAGCGGUGGCCAACAACAACAACAAACCCCAGUCGGCGCAGCAGCCCCAACAGCAGCAGCAGCAACAGCAGCCGCCGGCGCCUGUGAGCAAGGCGGCACUGAAUGCCGGUGAUGCCAGCAAACAGAACAGCGGCAAUGCGAACGCCGCUGGCGGUGCGAGCAAGCCGAAGGACGCCUCACGCAACGGCGACAAGCAGCAGCAGGCGGGCACACAGCAGCAGCAGCAACCAUCGCAGGUGCAGCAGCAGCAGGCGCCACAGCAGCAACAGCAGCCGAAACCGCGACGCAACAACAAGAAUCGCAGCAACAACCACACGGACCAGCCCUCCGGACAGCAGCAGCAGCUGACGGAGAACGUCAAGAAGGAGGGCCUGGUCAAUGGCACGUCCUAAGCCCAGUGGGCCAAGCGGUAGCAGCAGCAACAACCAACAAGCAACAACAGAUGGGAUGUACAUGAACAUGAACACAAAUUGCACAUCGUUCAACGGAGUAACAAUGUUGUAUGCGCAGCGGGGGCAGUUUAAUAUUCAUGUUGAUGUCGUUGAAUAUAGCCGCCACAUAACACAACAACUACAACAAACACCAACCACAACAACACAUCCGAGCAACAGCAGACACUAAAACAACAUCUUCAGCCGAGAACAGCAGCCACUAACAAUUUGUUUGAGAAACUAUGAGUAACUAGAAGGAAACGAAAAAUUAAAAUACAUGAAAUAUGUAACAAAUGUAAAAGCUAUACUAACACCCACAAGGAUACACUCAUGAACACACACAAACACACACACAGUUCGAAUUAUACACAAAAAGAAAAAAGAAUAAAGGAAAUUCAUGCCUAGGCUUAUAAUUUGAAUUGAAACUGAAAAAGCUUCAAUAACAAUCAAAAGGAAUUAUAUUUAUGUAUAAAACAAAUUCAAAGGCAAUUAUUAACAAGCAAGAAAAUCUAAAGAGAAUCUGGCGAAAAAGGGCGCUUCUAAAGGGCCCUUGCGUCGACUUGAAAAGUUUCUAGUUAUAUGCAUAUUAUAAUAAAACGAAAAUAAUAUAAUUGCAUUUUUUGUUUUGGUUAAAUUAAUUUUAACUGAUUCUGUCUUGUGUUUUUGUGUAUAAUUCGUGCAUGCAACAACUUAAUGGCCUAGCAGGUUUUCCAAUUUAACCAUCAUUUUUGUAUUAUUAUUGUUUAGUAUUCCAUUGUAAAUGCCAGGGCGCGUUUAGGAGUUGCUUACAAAAUUCAACAAAGUAAACGAACGUGGCUCCAGCCAAAAGCCGGAACAAACACUCUGUUGGUCCUGGGCUUUUGCAGCGUUUCAUUGUUUAUUUUGUUCGUUACAACAUGGAAAAUCCUCUCUUAUUUGUAUAAUGUUGUAUUUAUUUACUAUUAUUAACACAUCCCCCACCACCCCCAACACCAUCCACACCAUCCGCAUACUCCAUAAAACUACACGCGUAUCACAAGUCUCACACACACGCUCGCUCAUACAAACAAGAAGGGAAACGCAUUGAAUUUGAUUUUGUUUUAUAAAUAUAUAAUUUACUUUGCCAAACCUACAAAGCGUAUACUAACUUAGUCCUCUAUUGAAUACUCUUAUUUGGAAGAACAGUGUCAAUAAUAUGUAAGAAAAUCAACCACACAUUUUAACAUACAUAGAAGAAGGGAUGGAGAACCACGAUAAUGAUAAUGGUACCGAUAAAGAUAAAUCUAAAUAACGUUGUGUAAUUCAAAUUAAUAAAAAAAAUCCAACAAAAGAAAACUGCAUAAAACAUAAACGUAAUAAUAUAAAUAUAAUGAGAAAAAUGUGCGAUUUAAAUUUAUUAUUUAUAUGAAGAUGAACGUAUAAAGAAUAUAAAUAUAGCAAGUAAAUUUUAUUAAUUUCAAAUUUA